AUGCGACAGUACAAAGCACAGCAGCACGCUCGAAUCCCCGUCGGAGAUUCGGUUGUCGUUUUAGGAAGGAGUCUCAAGCAGUUGUACGCAUUCACCACCCGUAAGGACCUCCACGAAGGAAGGAAGGAAGAAAGAAAGGUAAAAGGGAGCACGACCUCCGCAAAGUACGAUGCAGCAGACCCACAGUUGCCCGGCAUCGGCCGCGGGAACGCGCUCAGCCCCAACUACAGUAGCGCGAUGCAUCCCCGCCACAACCUAUUAGGCACGCCGGAAAUACUCCCCUGA